CUCAAUACCGCCAUAUUGAAAAUGUGCUUUCCUUUGCUUCGGUCUGAGAUCGUGUCAUUCGGCAAAUAGUUCGAAAAUGCCUCUUCCUCCGGCUCUUCAAGCUCGUCUUGCAAAGAGAGGGAUAAUUCAUAAAGAUAAAGAAAAAGCAGAUGAACCAAGUGGAGUAGAUGGACCCGUUAAAGGCUGUCCAAACACAUCAAACCCGUAUCACUCAUGUGUGGAAUAUUGUCGUAAGAGAUAUGGUGAAAAUGCAAUUGCUCCUCAAGUAAAGGAUUACAGUAUUGUACCAUUACCUGUUGGAUGGUACCUGGUACCUGAUCCCAAUAGUGGAUCCAGGUACUAUUGGAACACUCUUACAAAUCAAGUGUCAUGGACCUCUUCUUCAGAUCCUGAGGCAGAUGUAACUCUCCCUUCAUCUGUACUGGACAAACAAAAAGGUCAUUACUAUUUAUGUGUAUUAAAUUAAGUUUGUUUUUUACAAUUGUUUCCUUUUCUUGACAGGCAAUCAAUUUAUGUCUACUUAAUUGCCUAAAGGUUUUAGGUCAUUUUACAUUGUCAGUUACUCUUUGCAAUAAAAUCACAAAUUAACUUUCUUGUGA